GUGUGGACCGCGUGCUCGGCCUCGCGCCUUGUGGUGGCGGGAAAACUGAGCCGAGGUCGUGACGGCUUGCCGAGUCACUGCCCUGCCCACGCCUCACCUUUCGGCCCGCAUCACCCCACAAGGCACAAAGGAAGCAUAGCUUCUGAAUUGAACAAUGACAACAUUACAGAAUAAUGAAGGUAAGAAAGGACCAAAGAAGACGUUUGCACCACCUGCACAAAAAUUGCAUAGUUUGAUGUUUGAGAGUCCUAACUCACCCAUGCAAGGGAUGUCAGGGCACGUACCUGUAGAGGCAGAGGUCAAGCCAAAUCUGCUAGUGGCCAGUUUACAGAAGAAGGAGGAGAAGAAAACAUCUACCAAGAAAGAUCCAAGCAGGGGCCAGAUGAAAGAAGGAAAGGUGCAAGCCAGCAAGCCAGCAAAGAAUGGAAAGGCUGGUAGGAUAGUUUCUCCUCAACACUCAGCUAAUAAGCAAGCAGAGAAGAAAGAAAAGAUAAAGUCAAGUCUUACCAAUGAAGAAUUUGAGGAGAUUGUCAAGAUUGUGCUACAGAAUUCUUAUCAGAAGCACUUGGGUCAGUGUCUGGUCUGGGUACAGUGUUCCUCAGCAAACUGCAAGAAAUGGAGGCGGCUGCAUGGGGACAUUGACCCUGCAGCCCUUCCAGAAAAUUGGUCCUGUGAUCAAAAUACAGACUUGCAGUAUAAUUGCUGUACUGUCCCUGAGGAGAUCUGGACGGGGGGUGAAGGUGAGGUGGCCUAUGCCUCCUACAUCCCAGGAUCCAUCAUCUGGGCAAAGCAGUAUGGCUACCCCUGGUGGCCAGGCAUGGUAGAAUCUGAUCCUGAUCUGGGGGAAUAUUUUCUUUUUGCUUCUCAUCUUGAUUCCCUGCCGUCUAAGUAUCAUGUGACUUUUUUUGGAGAAACAGUCUCUCGUGCUUGGAUCCCUGUCAACAUGCUAAAAAAUUUUCAGGAGCUUUCCUGGGAGCUCUCUGGAGUGAAAAAGUGCAAGAACAAGGACUGCAGCCAGAAACUGAGGACAGCCUUGAACAUGGCUCAAGAAGCAGAAAAGAUUAGUGUUCGGAGGCGAAUUAACAUGUUUGGUUUCUGGAGCCGUUACAGUGCAUCUUUCAGUAGUGAAGAAAAAUCUGAUGUGAUGCUCUCAGGGAACGAUAGCCCAAAUUCUUCUCUGGAAAAUGAAGAGGAAACACCAGAGGAAGAGGAAAUGGAGGAACAGAUAAAAGAUACAACUUUGUCCAGUCACAAGGUACACAAAAAUAAAACCAAAAAAUCCAAAGCAAGAGGUACAGCUCGUGGUCAAGGUGGGACUCUGCAAAAGAAGGUAAUGAAGAGAUCUCUGGGAAGUGACCCUACAGCUUCAGCAGGAAAGAAAGGACAAGCCAAGUCAGACCUCGACCAGCCAAGAUCUAAGAAAAAGUUUAAAACUCCCCAAAGCAAGGACUCACAAACCAGCUUGUUUAUCGACAAAGAAGCAAGAAUUGUGCUAAAGUCCUUGAUCCCACCAGUUCAUUGUGGAGUUUACUCCAUGGCGGGAACAGAGGGGUCUGGACCCCAAGAGCUGCUGCCUCCGAAGCAUGAUGGUAUCCCCUCUGGUGAUGAAGUCUCCAGUGACCUGGACCUGGAGCAGCCUGACAGAGACCCUGAGCAGAAGGAGGAGCUCCAGUAG